AUGGGAGGCGUAUGUUGCUGCGGGCCGCGAGUGAAGGACGAGCCCAGGGAGCCGCUCCUGGGCGCGGACAAGGCGCCCAGCGCGCCCGCGACCGCCCCACCAGCCUCUCAGAAGGCCUACAAGCCGCCGGCGGCGAUCCCCGUUGAUGCCACGCCGCCCGGGGGCGGAUGCGAGGACAAGGCGGGCGGCACUUCAGCCGACUCGCAAGGCAAUGCCUCCGAUCAAGCCGUCGUGCCUGAGGUCAAAGUACAGCCGGAGGUUAAAGUACAGGGCCCGGACUGUUCGGGAUCGAUCGCUGCGCCCGAAGCGAAGGAGCCGGAAGCGAAUAAGGCAGAGGUGAUAGGGCCAAUGAUGACGGCGCAGGAGGCGAAGGACCCUGAGGUCACGGCGAAAGAUGUGACGGCGGCGCUGGUAGCGGCGGCGGAGGUGACGGCGGAGCAAGUGGCGCCGGCUGAGGUAACGGUCCCCGCGCCUGCUGGGCAGGAGCAUCCGCAAGAGGCGGAUCCUGCCUGCGAGAAUGCGGCCAAAGUGGCCGAAGGGAAGCAGAUUGUUGAGCCGACGAUUGAUGAGCCCGCUGGGAGCGACCAGGGGCCCACGUCCCAGGCGCAGAAGGCAGCCGCCGCGGCGGUCCAGGCUGUGGCGAGCGCGAUAAUGGGCGACGUAAAAGAUUCAUCCCAGGCUGGGGCACCCAAUGGUGAUGGGUUGGUCGACGUGGCGGCGGUGGAGGCGGGGCUUAUGGACGCCGCGGCCAGCGAGCCGGUGAUCGAGAGCUUUCCGGUGGGGGGCCUGGCCAGAACGGACACGGCGUCCACGGACGAGGAGAUGAUGGAGAGCCACCCGAUCGCGAUCACGCCGCGAAUGAUGCGAUCGGAUUCUGUCGAAGAGGGCGGGGGCGAGGGGGAGGAGGAGAAGGGAGGGGAGGGGGAGGAGAAGUUGGGAGAGAAGGAGGAGAAGGUGGGAGAGGGGGAGAAGGUGGGAGAGGAGGAGGAGAAGGUGGGAGAGGAGGAGGAGAAGGUGGGAGAGGAGGAGGAGAAGGUGGGAGAGGAGGAGGAGAAGGUGGGAGAGGAGGAGGUGAAGGUGGGAGAGGAGGAGAAAAUGGUAGAAGAGAAGAAGGGGGAGGGAGAGGGGGAGAGUAGCGCUGUGUCUGUGGCUGAGGGAUUGGAAAACAGGGGACCCGGGGGUGGGAAGGGCAAAAGGAGGAAACGGGGCAAGGGCGGGCGUGGGGGAAAGGGGCGGGGAGGGGACCACGGGCGCACGGCGCAGACAAGUUGA